AUGCCACCUUCGUCCACCUCAUCAACUGUGGCAACUCCUUCUACCAACGGCCUCUCAACAUCUUCACCGUCCUCCAUGAAGACGACACCUAAUGGCUCCAAAACGGAACCCAAGCCCAUCAAACUCAGGGCUGCCUGUAACCACUGUUUCUCGGCAAAGGUAAUAUGCUUGGACCCCUUGCUACUCGCGAUCUCCUCCACUAACAUGGAUGGAACCAGCGAAUCUCGAGUCGGGAAAGUGGUGGGCAAACGACGAAAGCGACCCAUUGACGACUCGAUCGGCACCAUCAACUCCCAGUCGUGGAUCAUCCAUAAUUCGCUCCCUAUACAGUCUAUCCCGUCACCAGCUACCACCCAUGGCUCAGACGAACCGGGCAGGAGCCAGGGCAACCCCCCUACCUGGUCCUCCUUUAUCGUCAACGGUGAUCCAGGAUUUUUAACUUUCGACGAAGCUACAGAGUCAAUGGGCGCUUUGGAUAUGGCAGACAAUCGAAGUUACUCAAUAGCCAGUGACCUCAGCUUUUUCAACAACAGCGGACUACCUACACCGGGACUCAGUCCUCCUCAAUUUACCCGAUAUCUGUCACCCGCUCAACUGGAAACCCGACCUUUGUCGAGACAGUCUUCGUGUCCGGUUGACCCGUUAAAGCUACAGCCCCCAGUUUAUGGCGCACCACUUCCUCGAAACGGCGAGCCGGGGCUGGAAGAUGAAGAGACUGUGUGCAUCAAGUUGCUCGCCCAUCUCAAAAAGCAUUCGUCCGAUGAGUCCCAGCCACGGGAGAUGCAAAUUGAGCUAUUGAAGAAGAGCAACGCUGCUGUACGGAGGAUAUUACGCAGCAAAUCGGUCCGAGCUGACUACUCGUGCCACUUGCUACUCUCAAACAUCAUCAAUCACCUGGUUCGGUUGUGUGAGCGACUUUGCCAAGGUAGACUGGAGGAGUGUGGUCUUGUGCACAUGGAGUGUCAAUUCCUCCAAGAACAAGUCCACUUUGAGGCCAUGCCAGGCUUCUUCGACACCCUUGUCCCGUCAGCUGCUCCCACGCCAGACCAGGACCUGCUGGGGAGUCUGGUCAAAGAGGUAAUUGUGUUCACUUCGAUAGUAGGGGAUUUUCUGAAGAAAAAGCCGCUCUAUGGGUUUCAACAUCUCGGUCGGCACGAGACAUUUCAUGUGGAGUUAGAACAGAGGCUGAAGAAAGCCAGUGUCUUGCUGAAACCCUGA